AUGUCGUCGCAUUCUUCCGAGCGCACAGUGACCGCCGGUGGCUCCCCUUCGCCGGCGACCACCAAUUCCCUCUCCGGCGCCCAUCACCAUGUUUCCAUGAAGCUCAAUAGCCGAAACUUCUUGUUUUGGCGAACACAACUCGUCCCCUUCCUCCGGGGGCAGGAUUUACUUGGAUUCGUCAAUGGAUCAAUGCCAUGUCCGCCAUCCACCAUUCCCGCUGCAUCAUCCAACGACUCCGGCUCCGGCGCGACGACAACGACCGCCACCAUCCCAAACCCAGCGCACAAAGCCUGGGUCUUGCAAGACCAGUCGAUAUUGUCCAUGCUCAUCUCCUCCAUGUCCGAUGAAGUGCUCCACCUAGCCGUCGGACGGGAGACCGCCGCAGAGGUCUGGAUGUCGAUCACCACGUCCCUUGGUUCAUCCACCGAAGCGCGCUGCCUCAGCCUUUUAGACCAAUUCCAGAUGUUGAGGCAAGGGAAUCUGUCGACUGCGGAGUACUUGGGGCGUGCGGAAGUCCUCGUGGAAGCCUUGGCUCAGGCCGGACGGCCACUGUCUUCCACCGAACAGAACUUAUAUGUUCUACGUGGAUUACGUCAGGACCUGCGAAUCAUGGCGGCUUCGCUCACAGCCACCAACCACUCCAUCUCACUGCCGCAGCUUGCGGAUUUCUUGCAGGCGCAAGAAUUCAUCAUCUGA